AUGCUUCUGAUGCAUCCUUUCAUUCAUGGUCCUCCGAGUCAGCAUAUGCAGACUCAAUUCCAAGGCCCUGCUGGCAUGCCUCCAUUUUCGCUCCAAGGCCCUGCUGGCAUGCCUCCAUCUUCGCUCCAAGACACGCUACUACAUAAUCCUGCCAGUGAUAUGGUCCAUCAAGAGUCAGCCACCACACCAUCAACUCAACAGCAACGCUACCCUGGCGCAAAUAUGGUGGUUCCUACCACGAGCAUUGAUAUCUCUGUACCAUUAAAUACUGGAGUUGUCGGUGGACGUGUCAGCCGUGUCCAAAUCCGCCUUCCUGUCAAUAUUACAUUCGAAGACUUUUUUUCACGCAUUUGUGCAAAGAUGGACCUUGAUCCAGUGAAUGCCGAACUCGGGUACAAGUUUCACAAUGAUCGAGUCCGAGAUGCCCCUCAUCAGCUCUCCAAUGAACAACAGCUUCAAGAGGCAUUUGAGCAGGGCUGUGAUCUCAUCAAACGAGCUCGAAGUCGGCGAGUAGUUCUUGAAAUACAUAACCUGAAACCAGCUUGUCAAGCACCCUCUGCCACUCUUUCUCGUCGUGACGAAGCUGUCAAUGACAACCAAGACCCUCCGACCUGCAUGAGCUUUGCUGCCGAGUUGCAAGAGCUCAAGAAUAAGCUCGACUGCGAGAAGCAUGGCAAAUUCUGCUAUAUCAAUCCUAUUAAUAUCUAUAACCUCACCCUCUGGGCGAAAAAGAUAUUCUUGGCAGAGGCUACCUAUGAUAAACCCCCGGAGAUGGCUGCCUUUCACCAUGUUCCAAAGAAACGUCGAUUAUCUUCAGCAAACGGCCCAUCUGCUAAUAGUGCAACUCCUACUCUUCUGGUCAUUCAUGUCCAUAUUCCACCUGUUACUAAGGAGGCUCUCGGUGAUACUGGUGGCCGCCGUCGAGUCAAUACUUCCCAGGGUUUUGCAACAACUUUCCUUUGCCAUGACGAGGAUGAUGAAUUUAUCACCUACCCUCCCAUCACUGACGUCCUUUGUGAAAUGGAUGUCACGAUGCCACUUUUGCAUAUGUCCCAAUACGAGGAUGAUCUCCUCAAUCAUGGGGUUGCAUAUGUCAAUAGCAUGAUUGGCCUAUCGGAUGAGUUUUUCGUCAAUGUUGUUGGUAUGCCCAUGGGUGUCAUUCGGUCAUUCCUGAAAGUCACUCAUCGACUCAUUCAACACGCCAAGAAGGGCAAAGGAAGGGCCACUAACAAUGAUGAUAAAGAGAACUAUAGUGCUCAGUGCUGCUACAUUGUUGACGAUCAGGAAGAAUUUGUCGUAGAAGAAGUACUUGAUAGCCGACAAUUCCGAGGAAAAGUGCAAUACCGAGUAAAAUGGAAAGGAUAUCCGAUAGAAGAGUCGACAUGGGAGCCAGAAGAAAAUGUUAAAAACUCCCCGAUUCUAAUUGCAGAAUUCCAUAAGAAGAACCCCACGGCUGCCAAACCCAAAAGAAUUCUUGGAUCUAUUCUCGAUAUGGAGGAAUUCAAACAAUGGAGAAAGAAGAACAUCCGACCAUCUUACAUUCACGAUGACGCUCAUCCUAGAGAGGGGGUAAUGUCACGAAUUCCAAACACAAAUCAUUAUUCUUUCUUGAACACUCGUGAAACCUCUAAAGACAUUUGUGAGACAACCGUUAAGUGCCCAUCACAAGCGCCUGUCGUUAGCGCUCAGUCAGCAUCUGUACCGAUAACCUUCAAAGGGCCCAAGACGACGAUCUGA